UACCUUUCCACGUCAUAUAAUUACCUACGUAAUAUCACUAAGUAUUGGAAGAGAAGGUUGUCAAUGAUUUUGGACGGGAUAAGGGCUAAGCAAACGUGCAUUGAUAUAUAUUGAGCUCAUCUACACUGCACUGUUGAGGACGGGUUGAGUCUGGAAACUUUUGAGCCCUGAUGGAGUUUCAUGACCAGACCUGCCUCUGGUCCGGAACAAACCCGUCCCGCAGUGGGAUGCCAAUGCCGUUCGAGACGAAGAUGAACCGAAUGGCCGAGGACGAGGUUUCCAGCGAACCCGUGCGGGAAUUCCGCACCAGUGACCACCCCGGGAACGUUCUGCAGAGCCUAAAACAGCUGAGAGACACGGGCGCCCUCUGUGAUAUCGUACUGGCUGUAGGGAGUAGAGAAAUAUUUGCCCAUCGUGCAGUCCUGGCUUCAGGCAGUCAGUACUUUGCCUCCAUCUACCGCAGUGACUACACAGAGACACAUGCCGGCAGGAUUGAGCUGGGGUCCCUGGAUGCAGAAGGGGUGGAGACUGUGGUCCAGUACAUCUACACAGGUGUUCUGAGACUGACCCUGGGAAACGUGCACGUGGUUCUGGCAGCGGCCACUCACCUGGACGUGCCCCACCUGAAGGACUACUGCCAGCAGUUCCUGUCCGACAACGUCGGCCUGGGCACAUGUCUCAGCGUGUGGGCGGUGGCCGACCUGUACGACAUGGACCAGCUCAAGGAACAGGCGCGCAAGUUCAUUCUGGACAACUUCGCCAAGAUCGUCAUGACGGAGGAUGUUCUGGAGCUUCCCGUGGAACGUCUUCUCGAGCUGCUCAUCGAAGAUGCGUUGUUCGUGGACAAGGAGGAGGACCUGUUUGAGCUCGUCGUGAGGUGGACAAAGUACGAUGUCGUAAAUCGCAGGGCCGCGUUUCCAAGACUCUUGGCCUCUAUACGCAUCCAGCUGAUGGAGCUGGAAUAUGUCACCAACAACAUGAAGUCUGAGCCAUUGCUGACGGAGUUUCCCGAGUGCCUGUCUUUCGCUGAUGAAGCAGUCUUGUACCUGACGAGACCACAGCUGUCGAAGGACUCACCUCCGACACGUCUCCACACCAGACCACGACUAGGUACUCUCAAGGAUGUCAUUGUGGUCUGUGGGGGGCAGUCCGAGGCUGUGCUUGAGGAUGGCAGCAGGUGGACGAUCGCGAACGUGCCGGCUCUGGCGUACAUCAUCGACGAAGACCGGUGGGUUGACCUGAAGGGGAGCCCGCCACGAAACCCGGUCGAGAUGUUUUACCUCGCAGACACCAUCUACGUGGCUAACAAGGGAAACCCUGAUGUAAGAAGGGACGUCUCCACGCACAGGUACCGCUUCUACUCCUACAACACGAAGAUGGAGUAUGGAGCUCGAUGGGUGCUGCCUCAGGGGAUGGAGAUCGAGCUGCCUGGUGUCAUGUCCACCAUGAUGCGAGGCGGGCUGCUGACUGCGGCAACACCACAGAACGUGUUCCUGCUCGAUACCUUAGGAUGGGACUCAAAUACCAGGGCGCACCACCGAACGAUGUUGUACUUCGACACCUUCACAAAAAGGUGGCACCAGCUGCCUAACCUGCCAGAUGAUUUGAUCAUCGGGUACUUGAAACCCCUUGUCAUCACGGUCGGAGAAGAUCUGUAUAUUCUAAACGGUACAACGGUAUUCAAGUACAACCGGAGCCUGGGCUGGACGCGUGACUCCUUUUACUCCCUGCCUUGGCACGACGAAGUAACGGUGCUUCAGACGUGGCUGAGGGCAAACUACAGCAGCGUUCACCACAGCACCCUGCCAGAGUCGUCCGGCGACCUGAUGGACAUCACAGCACGGACACGCCGAGGGUUCCCCGAGCCCGCCCUGGAAGGGUGCUCUGUGUGCGUCUACAAGAAGGACAUCUACGUCAUCGGUGGGCUGAAGGACUAUUUCAUGGUGGACACGGUGUACAAGUACGACUGUAAGGAGCAGCAGUGGCGGGAAGUCUGUAAGCUGCCCACCCCUCGCUCAUGUGCCAUGUGUUGCUAUGCCCGGCUGCCAUACAAAACUAUCAUGCAUGCAAAAGAACAUGCAGAUGUUGUGAAUGUACAGGUCAAAGACUGACUACACCUUGGCACCUAGGAUUUAUACCACUGAUCAUUUUAGCAACUUGAGAAAUUGUCGGUGAAAAACCAUGUUUAUGUUGGUAUUUAAAACGUGUUGUGGCAGUCCUACAUAUAUUUUGUAAGUUGUUUUUGCAAUAAUUACUGACAUUGGCCAUGUAAUAUCAAAUGGUAUGAUAGGAGUCAGACGAACUGUGUAUUGCAUGUGACCAGUUUUUGUAUCUUAAUGUUUUUGAUGCUAUAAUCAUAUGGCAUUUUUGACACCUAGGAUUCAUACCACUGAUCGUUUUAGAAGCUUAAGAUAACUGUACCAGAACAAUCUAAAAUAUACUGUUGAUGAGCUUUGUACCUUAUGGUGUUUGAUAUGCUGUGGCAUUUUUUGGUAUUGGGGAUCCUGAGACUGGGAGAGUCACCUUAAUGAUAUAAAAAAAGUUACAUGUGUACACUAAGUUCUCCAUCAGUAUUAUAAUGAUCAAAUGGUUUGCAUACAUUCAUACACACACAAGGACAUUCAGUUGACAAUAGCAACAAAAUAUUUUAUUGACACUGCAAGAGUUCUAUGUUUUCAUGCAACUUCUGAGCCAAGUGGUGUUGACACACUAUGGUAUAACCACGAACAAAUUAUCGAUCUAUCAUCAGAUGUAUUUUAAGAUGAAUAGUAAACGCUGUAGGAAAUACAGAAGAUACAUGAAAUGUACAUUAUGUAGCUAUGUUUUGUAUAAUUACAUAUUUUGUACAUUACAUGAUUGUCAUUUGCAUGGCCAUAACUGGCAGUGAUCAUUUUUGGGAAGGGGAAACUUUUGUAUUAUUAUUGUACAGUCAUUUUUAUGGUCUACAACUUGCAUGACUAAAUGGCUUACAUACAUAAUAAUUACAGUAAGAUUAGGUUCAAUACAUUAAAACUUUCGUACAAGUCAAUAUACGUGUGCCCUUAGAUAUUUCACAAACCUCCACACUUGUAGUAACCUGAUAUAGUUUGAAACGUUUUUUAUUGGUUAAAUAUUCCUCCUAAAAUUCUCCCCUUUAAAGGUUACUGUAAUAUAUGUUUGAAUGUACUUACCCCUGAGAUACACCCUAUAGUACAUACCCAAUAGCUACUUACUCUAGUUACUGGUAUCAUUCCUUUACAAGUCUAAAACAACUCUGGAUAUAUACCAACCUAGAGACAAUUAACAUAACCAUACUAUAACCUACUUUUCAAAUUUACAACAGUUAAGAAGAAAGCCCUGUGCAAGGACAUUGCCAGUGUCUGUCAAGCAAGGUCUUAAGCAUGGAUUGUGUAAGAUUGACCAGCAAAUCACUGGUGAUGCAAACAGUGCCCCCCUCCCCCAUUCAGUCACA